GUCAAAACUGCGCAGGUGACGACUGUACCGGCGUUAUUCCACACUUGCAAAUGUUGCACCGAUAUCAGCGUCUGCAAGUGUGUAUGUGCCUACUGCUCUGCGCUAAGUGCAAUGAGCCUUCGAAAUGUCAUGUACUAUUCGAACUUGCGCUGCUCGUGAUUGAUUUCCUGCACACGAUUGCGAAAUGCCGUCUCUUAUUCGUGAUUUACCCGUUAUCGAUUGUUUAAACAGCUGAUUUGGAGCACAAAGUCUAGUGAUUCCCAUAUAAAAAAGUUACAAAGAAAAUUUUAACAAAAUGAGAUUUGGAGGAGGAAUGUUCGAUAGACACGAGUUUGGCAAACGUGUCAGGCGUCUAUUGGAUGGCAAUUAUUCCUAUCGCAAAAUACUUGUACUGCUCAUCAUUUUUGGCAGUUUAAUUUUGUAUCUUGGCCCAUCUAUUGCUCAAUGGCUAUUUUCUACUAGAAGAGAACCCAUUGAAGCUUACAACGAUCAUUGUAUCAAUGAAAAACUUGCUGGAUAUUACUUUGAUGCGCUAGAUUACAAUGUUAAUAUCUUGUCAAAUCCACCUAAAAAAGAUGAAAAUAAGUACCUACCGUAUGUGGGAAAUGGUAUUUUUGGAAUUCCAAUACAAAAUGAAGCAUGGAUAUAUGUAAAAAGUGGUAGGACUUUGUCUUUGCCAGUGAAAUGGCAACCAUUGAUCGUUUAUCAGAUUCCGCAAGAUGCUAUUUACAGAGAAGCAUCUGUAACAGAUUAUACCAAAGGUAUAGUGUUCAAGUACCAAUGCUUCCGAGAUGGUUAUCAAAUCAGUUAUCAAUAUUAUGCUCACAGACUACACGAAGGAAUUUUUGUUCAAGAAAUUAAAUUUUCUAAUCCAUUGUCUGUCUCUCAUGAAUUUCCUCUAAGAUCUCAAGUAACUAAUUACUGGACAGACUCACACUUAGAAACCAUAUAUAUGUACGUCAAGGGUACUAAACAAGAAUUCAACUUAGCUUCUGGAUAUAUUACAGUGCCCAAUUCAAAUAAAGUUAUUGCAGUAGCUAUUGUAUAUCAGUCUAUUUCAAAAUUUAUUGAAGUAAAAGCUAGAGAUUCAUUUAAAAUUGAAUAUUUUACAAGUAUUAAUUAUAGUGAGCCCGUAAUUAUGGAUCAAUUUUCCAAAGAAAGAGAUAGUGUUAAAAAUAGGGCUGUUGCUGCUAUGCAAAAAAUUUUAGAUGAUCGUAUUCAUAAAAAGAAUUUGAAGCAAGAUCACAUAAAGACAUGGCAGCAGUACUGGAAUUCUGGGUUUAGAAUAAGCGAUUCAAAAGCAAAAGAUGCCAUUAAUGGUUAUAAAAUUAACUCAACAAUUUAUUAUAUAUUGAGUCAAACUUCUAAAGGAAUGCCAGAUAUAGAGAAAAAUGUUAAAAAUAAUGAGGGUUGUUAUAGAGGACAUCAUACUUUAGAUGCACCUCGCUUAUGGACAGAUACUUCUACUAUAGAUACAAUAAAUGAAUUGGUAAACUCAUGGUUUAUAACUAUUGAAAAACAAGGAUGUGAAAAACUUUUAAAAGGUGGUCCAUCUGCAGUUUUACAAGCAAUUGUUCUAAGUCUUGGAGGUUUGAGAUUUAGCAGUCAGCAUUUGGAAUUCAAUGUUGAACCUUCAAAUUUGCACAGAGACUUUUUAUUUAGGAGAAUCAGUUAUGGGAAUGUCACGCAUCUAAAUAUUUCUGUAACUGUUAACGAAGAAAAUCGCGCAGUUUUAGCUGUAGCUUUGGAUCGAAGUGAUAGUAUUUAUUAUGGAUGUGAUGCUGGUUGUCUAGAUCCACCAGUGCCACUUGGCCAGUCGUACAUUAAAUUUCCUGUCAAACUUACUAAACCACUGACAGCAAUUUUAUACAUAACUUCAGAUUAUCAACACAUGCAAGAAUUACAAAGUGCCUUACAUCUCCGUUCUAUUGAUGAAGCUCCUGCGCACACUCAUGAUAUUAUGGCAAUACACAAACAUGGACAUCAGUUAGGAGGUUUACCAACUUUCUUCUGGGUUAGCAUAUGUUUCUUAAUAGUUAUUUUUCAUCUAUUCCUAUGUAAAUUAAUAGUUUCUGAGUAUUGGGAUACUAAGGGUCGUGGAAAAGUGCGUUACAAUAAGUUAUAAUUUGUAUAAUUAAAAUUUUAUUAUGAUCUUGUUAUGCCUUGAGUAAAUAUAUAGUAUAUUUUUACAAAGUUAUCAUCUAUCAAUGAGAGAGAUUUCCAGGCUGUAAUAUGUCGCGAAAAAAGUGCAUGAAUGAAUUUUAUUGUUUGUGUUAUUGAAUUUUCUGAGAAUGAAUGUUUGUAAGAAGAUUUAAAACUGUUUUGCUCUUGAAAGUGAAAGUAAGAUAAUAAUCAUAUUUUCAAAAUAAAAUUUGAAUAUAGUAUUUGGA